UAAACCCAUCCUCCCAAAAUCAUGAACAAGAAACUCAGAACCUGCUCCUCCAUGUAGUAGUAGGAGUUGAAAAAUCCAUCAAUGGAUCUCAUCAUUUCACACAGCCCAAACCCACUUUUUGUUUCCUCAUCACCAUUUCCCUCAACCUCUCAAAAUCCCACCUUUUUAACGUUUGCCGCACCCUACUCCCGUCGCAGAAAGCUCAAGUUUCGAGCUUCAGCGAGCGCAGACCCAAAUGGCGCUGGUGCGUCUUCUUGGUUCCAACCGUUGCAACGCGCUUCGAGGCGGUUUUGGGUGAAAUUUGGGGAUUUGGUGAAGAAGGAGACGGGUGUUGACUUGGAGGAUGGUGCUGUGAAGUUGGGUGAGUUUGUGGAUGGUGUGAAGUAUAAUGGAGAUGAAUUUGGAAGGAUUGGGACUCGUUCGGUGACUCAGUUUGUCGAUUGGAACCGGUUGGAGCGUUGGAAGGAUCUCAAGAACUGGGAACCUAAGAGAAUUGGUGCAUUAGUUCUUUAUAUCCUUGUUGUGGCAUUUGCUUGUAGAGGAGUAUAUGUAGCAAUUCAAGCACCUUACCUAAAUCGCCAAAGAAAAGAAUUGACUGAAGCUUACAUGGAAGCUUUGAUUCCUGAGCCGUCUCCCAGUAAUAUUAGAAGAUUUGAGAAGGGUAUGUGGAAGAGGACAAUGCCGAAAGGCCUGAAAAUGAAAAAGCUAAUCGAAAGGCCUGAUGGAACACUUGUUCAUGAUACUACAUAUGUUGGGGAGGAUGCAUGGGAGGAUGAUCAAGAAACUCCUGAAGAACAUGUAAAGCAAAUUAUAAAGGAUGAUGAAAGAUUAAACAGACAAGAGAAGAAAGAACUAACCAAAGACUUGGGCAUUUCAGGUGAAGUUCAAAUUGAGGGUACAUGGCGUGAGAGACUUCAUAAAUGGAAGGAGAUCCUUAGAAAAGAACGCCUUGUUGAGCAACUGGAUUCCUUAAAUGCCAAAUAUGUAGUUGAGUUUGACAUGAAAGAGGUUGAAAAUAGUCUUCGCAAGGAUGUGGCAGAAAAGGCGACAGCCACUCCGGGAACAAGGGGUCUGUGGAUAGCUAAGAGAUGGUGGCGCUAUCGUCCUAAACUUCCUUACAAUUAUUUUCUUGAAAAACUUGAUAGUUCUGAGGUAGCAGCUGUUGUCUUUACUGAAGACUUGAAAAGAUUGUACGUGACAAUGAAAGAAGGUUUCCCUUUGGAGUAUGUUGUUGAUAUUCCUCUUGAUCCACAUAUGUUUGAGAUUAUUACAAGUUCUGGAGUUGAAGUAGAUCUCCUUCAGAAGCAACAGAUCCAUUAUUUUAUGAAGGUUGUGAUGGCAUUAUUACCUGGAAUACUAAUUCUCUGGCUUAUAAGGGAGUCUAUGACACUUCUACUCAUCACUUCCAAACGCUUUCUUUACAAGAAGUAUAAUCAACUCUAUGAUAUGGCUCAUGCAGAAAAUUUUAUCAUGCCAGUUGGAGAUGUUGGUGAAACAAAAUCUAUGUACAAGGAAGUUGUGUUGGGGGGUGACGUUUGGGAUCUUCUUGACGAGUUGAUGAUCUAUAUGGGAAAUCCUAUGCAGUUCUAUGAAAAGGAUGUGAAUUUUGUUCGGGGUGUUCUACUCUCUGGACCUCCAGGAACAGGAAAAACUCUUUUUGCCAGGACACUUGCAAAAGAAAGUGGACUGCCUUUUGUUUUUGCUUCUGGUGCUGAGUUCACAGAUAGUGAAAAAAGUGGAGCUGCCAGAAUUAAUGAGAUGUUUUCCACUGCCAGGAGAAAUGCACCUUGUUUUGUAUUUGUAGAUGAAAUAGACGCCAUUGCUGGAAGACAUGCUAGGAACGAUCCACGUAGAAGGGCAACUUUUGAGGCUCUUAUUACACAGCUUGACGGGGAGAAGGAAAAAACUGGUGUUGACCGUCAUUCCCUCAGACAAGCUAUCAUAUUCAUCUGUGCCACAAACAGGCCUGAUGAAUUAGAUCUUGAAUUUGUUCGACCUGGACGUAUUGAUCGUCGUCUAUACAUAGGUUUGCCUGAUGCGAAGCAAAGAGUCCAAAUUUUUGGUGUGCAUAGUUCUGGAAAGCAACUUGCAGAGGAUGUGAAUUUCGAAAAGCUUGUGUUCCGUACUGUUGGAUUCUCUGGAGCGGAUAUAAGAAACCUUGUCAAUGAAGCUGCAAUAAUGUCGGUGAGAAAAGGGCAUUCCAAAAUUUUCCAGCAAGACCUUAUAGAUGUACUAGAUAAACAAUUGCUUGAGGGUAUGGGAGUCCUUCUCACUGAGGAGGAGCAGCAGAAAUGUGAAGAAAGCGUAUCUUUUGAAAAGAAGAGACUGCUUGCUGUUCAUGAAGCUGGUCAUGUUGUGCUAGCGCACUUAUUUCCUCGGUUUGACUGGCAUGCAUUUUCGCAGCUCCUACCCGGUGGUAAGGAAACUGCAAUAUCUGUAUUCUAUCCUCGAGAAGAUAUGGUAGACCAAGGUUAUACCACAUUUGGUUACAUGAUGAUGCAAAUGGUAGUGGCUCAUGGUGGUCGAUGUGCUGAACGUCUUGUAUUUGGCGAUGAUAUAACUGAUGGAGGAAGAGACGAUCUAGAAAAGAUAACAAAGAUUGCUAGGGAGAUGGUAAUCAGUCCUCAAAAUUCAAGGUUGGGGUUAAUAGCUUUAACAAAAAGGAUUGGCUUAGUUGAUCGACCAGACAGUUCAGAUGGCGAGAUGAUAAGAUAUAGAUGGGAUGACCCUCAAGUGAUUCCUGCUAAUAUGACACUUGAGGUAUCUGAGCUCUUUACGCGGGAGUUGACAAGGUAUAUUGAAGAAACUGAAGAACUUGCAAUGAAUGCUUUGAGGGAUAAUAGGCAUAUCCUGGACUUGGUUACAAGGGAGCUAUUGGAGAGGUCAAGAAUAACUGGAUUGGAGGUUGAAGAAAAAUUGAAGGGACUAUCGCCAGUAAUGUUUGAGGACUUUAUAAAGCCAUUCCAGAUAGACUUAGAUGAGGAUGGGCCACUUCCGCAUAAUGAUCGUGUACGGUAUCAGACACCGAACCUGUAUCCUGCUCCUCUCCAUAGAUGUUGAUACUCAGUCAGAUCCUUAUACCACACAAGCUCACAUCCUAACAAUUCUUACUGGGACAGAUAAAUGAGUUAUGGUAGCGUUACCUUCUCCAUAGAAAGUCAACCACUUACCUAAACAUUGAUGGUCUUACUUAGCCAAUAGUCUGAAUUUUGUAUUUUAUAUUUUUUCAGUUUUGUAUUGUAAAUUUUAAAUUCUUCAUAGUUGUCACUUGUCAUUAGUUUUUCACCAUGUAUUAUAUAUAUAUAUAUAUAUAUAUAUAUAUAUAUGUACAAUUUUGUACUCAUUUAAAUUAAUGAAUUACAAAUCCAUUUUCUUUC